AUGCCAUGUGAUUCAAGUAUCACACCUCAAUCAUAUUACAGAAGUUAUGAUGAAUACAUUCCAUUAUCCGGUUCACCAAUUCAUUCAUCGCCAUCAUCCCAAGUUCACACACAAUCCCCGCAACAACAGACUCCAUCUUCAGUCAGUAAUUCAAUCAUCCAACCACACUCACCUUCGAUGCUUACAUCGAGUUCUUCGUCAAUUAACCAAUACGGUUAUUCAACAGUCCUACCAUCAGCAAUCAUCACUUCACAUCAAGAUGUGCUUGGCGAUAACCAGCAAUGGAAUUGCGGGGGUGUGGGUGGGAUUAAUGGAUCUACAAAUUUAAGUCCGUACCAAACCGAAUUUUGUGCUUCAAACUACAGUAUUAUGCAACGUCAGCAAUAUGGCGCAAAAAUUGGUCCCGGCAGCAGCAUGAAAAGUAUAAAGGAAGCACGCAUUCGACGGCCCAUGAAUGCCUUCAUGGUGUGGGCAAAAGUGGAACGAAAGAAACUUGCAGAUGAAAAUCCUGAUUUACACAAUGCUGAUCUCAGUAAAAUGUUGGGUAAAAAGUGGCGAUCAUUAACACCACAAGAUCGACGACCAUUUGUAGAAGAGGCUGAACGUUUACGAGUAAUCCAUAUGACGGAACAUCCUAAUUAUAAGUAUCGUCCAAGAAGGAGAAAGCAUACAAAACCACGGGCGGGUCCACAAGCUGCUAACAACACGUCAAACAACACUUCGAACAAUAGCAUUAAGAACAAUAACACUGGAAACAGCGGAGUCCAACUAAUGUCGAACUCUAAUGGAACUACGUCGUCAACACCAUCGACUCAUAAUCAAUCAUCGUCGUCUGACGUGCAAUAUGAGAGAAUGAGUCCAUAUAAUUACAACAACAUGUAUUAUAACGAUGGAAGCACAAUAACGUCACCAGGCCAGUCAACACCGUCACCAAGUCCACCCGAUAAUAGACAUAACAAGAAGCAUGCUUAUAAAAUGGAAGACAUUCCAACACCUGAGAUAAGUCCAAUGGACAUGGGUGAGAAUCUUCAUUCAUCGACGUCAAAAAUUGAUUACGAACAAGCAUUGCCUGCGUCAGCAAAUAAUUAUAACACUAAUAAGAACAGAUAUGGAUAUGACACGAGUGGAUAUGAUGCUUCCAGUCAUUAUGGAAAUAACGAGCGUUUGUAUGAUGAUCAAAAUGCGUCAGCGAAUCAUCUGAUUGAGAAGAAAUCAAAUUACGGUGGCAUGCCGCAAUCAACACCAUCUACGACAAUAGCUGCAAUGGGUAAUGGAAUGUAUGUGAUGUGUAGUAAUCGCGCAUCACCUGCGACAGCAUUUUACGUCACUAAUCCUGAUUAUUAUCAUCAAUCUUAUGCGAUGAGUCCAACAGUGCCUUCGACAACGCCACUCGUUCAACCAAUGGUGGCAAAAAUUGAUGCUGUGAUUGGUGCAACUUCACUUCCAAUUCAUCCAACACAAACACUCAUGAAUGACCCUUAUGUUACUCCCGAUCAGAUUAAGGAAGAUGAUUUCAGUAAUAUUUUAGCUGGUGUUCGAAAAACGUGCUACAGUAAUUGA